AUGGAUCGAGUACGGCUCUCGAGUGGCCGGCUUUGGCUGAGCGUGCCGAGAGUCGCUCGUCGUCGUCGUCGUCGCUCCGGAGGUCCGCCUCUGAGACGCUCUCUCCCGCCCCGAGCACCAGCUCUGCACAGUGCUGCACAGGCUCAGCCAUCCACUGGCCCACACACGGCCACGCACCACGCUCCACUCGCGCAACUGCUGCCCCGCGACGGUGCCACGUCGUCCUCGCCCCUCGUCCUCAUCUCGCUCCGAGCGGCUCCCUCUCUUGCUCUCGCACCGUACCCCUGCUUCCCUCAAGCACAGCUGUCCUACGCCCCUGCGCCAUGGUCGGCACCCGCUCUCAGCGCGUCCCUCGUGCGUCCCCUCCUCGCCACCCUUCUUCGCCCUUCCCUCCCUCGACGCAACCCCUUUGACGAGCUGACUCUCCCGCAACCCUGCUCUGCAGUCUCGUCCCUCACGGCCCUCACCCUCCGCAAAGACCGCCUCACCGCCUCUCGCCGCACCGCCCCGGUCCCCCAACUCGCGUGCCGCGGUUCGCCCUGCGCCACGUACCAGCCCGCCGUCGUCCAGUGCGUCGCCGUCGGCUCGUCCGGCGCCGGUGGUGCGGGCGUCGAGUGGAAGUGCGACGCCGACCUGCCGCGCGGGGUGCGGUUUGGGAGCGUCGAGGUCGGGUGCGAGGGGUGGGACGGGCCGGGCGACGAGUGGGUCCUGAGAGGGUCGUGCGGGCUCGAGUACGAGCUCGUGAGGGCUGCGCCCGCGCUCGAGGACGACUAUGGCUACGCUGGCGGCCACGGCGCGCGCGGUGGGUACGCGCAGGGGCUCGUUCCGCCGUCGCUCAAGGGCUACUUCCCACGCUCGACCGGCGCGCUCUUCAACUCCGCCUUCAACCUCGUCUUUGCCGCGCUGACGGCCUACCUCGCCCUGUCCCUCGUCGCCAAACUCUUCCGCCGCUUCUUCCCCUCGCGCCGUCCGGGCGCAGGAGGGCGCACGCUCGGCGGCGGCGGCGGCGGUGGCGGCGGCGGUGGUGGCGGGCCCUCUCACGGCGGCCCUCCCCCGCCGUACACGCCGAAACCGCAACCUCUUGCGCCGCCCGGCGGCGACGGCGGCGCGGCGUGGCGCCCCGGGUUCUGGACGGGCGCGGCAGCAGGGUGGGCGGUCAAUGCCCUGCUCGGUGCGGCGCGGCCGAGGGAGAGGGAGAGGGUGCAGCCGCUCGACUAUGCGGCGGCGUUCGGCGAGGGGCGGGACGUGAGGAUGGCGCAGAGGAGGGGGUGGGGUGGCGGUGGCGGCGGCGCGUUUGGGGCGAGGAGGUUCGACGACGACGACAGGGGCGUGGGUGGGAGCGGGGGCGGCGGCGGGAUGAGGCGGAGCACUGGGUUCGGCGGGACGUCGGUGAGGUGAGGCGAGGCGGUUCGUGCGCCGGGGCGCGAGUCUCGCUCUCGCUUCUCUGCAACGCAGCAGCCCUCUCUCUACG